UAAACUUCAGAGCGCCGAUCUUUAACUGUAGCAGACAGAUGCUUCCCUGCUGUAUUCAUGUACUACACAGUUACAUUUUAUCGUUUGAAUAUAAUUUGAAACUUCACACUGAUUUGCAAACUUUGUCUGAAGACUCAGCACAAUUGCUGGCAUGCAGAAUGCAAACCCAAUAGAGGAGGUGGGAGGCGACACAUCCUGUGAUGUGCCAUGUCUCCAGAAACUUGACUCCCCAACAGGGAGCCCUCCCAAACAAGCCUCUCUCGCAGAUAUGAUUGAGCUUGAGAAUUGUGUUUCCAAUCUCAGCCUUGCACAUGAGAUAGUGAUGAACAGAGACUUCAGCUUUAGACAGAACAGCCCACCCAAAGACAGCUUGCAAGGGAGAAUAUCUGACAUAGUUCACAGUGCUUUCUGGGACAGUCUUCGUGAGCAGCUUUCAUGCAGCCCUCCAGACUAUGUCCAUGCUGUCAUUCUGCUCCAAGAGGUGAAAACUACCGUGCUGUCCCUGCUCCUGCCUGGCCACGUGCGUCUGAAGGCCCAGGUGGAGGAGGUUCUGGACCUGGAGCUGAUCCAGCAGCAGGCAGAUCAUGGGGCCCUGGACCUGCAAAGAUUGUCAGGCUACAUCAUCAAUACCAUGGCCUCCCUGUGUGCCCCUGUACGGGACCCUGAGAUCAAGUCACUACGGGAUCUUUCGGACCCAGUGGAGCUCCUCAGGGAGAUCUUCAGAGUCCUUGGCCUGAUGAAGACAGACAUGGUCAACUUCACUGUACAGAGCCUCAGACCUAAUCUUCUUCAGCAGGCGGUCCAAUACGAGCAGGCCAAGUUCCAGGAGGUCCUGGAGAAGCAGCCUGAGUUCCUGGACAAGACCACCGUUUGGCUUCAGGUGGCAGCACGAGAGGAGGCAUUGGUCAGUACCCAGUCUGACCUUGACACUGGGACUCCCAAGCCACGUGGUCCAUUAAGUCCUACUGUCGUCCUGAACAGGGCUUACCUGCAACUGCUGAGCUGGGACCCCCAUGACCAGAACUACCCUGAGACAGUUCUGAUGGACAGAGCCCGCAUAGAUGCACUGGGGCAGAGGCUGAGUCUGCUGGUUCUUGAGGCAUCAGUUCUGCUGUUGACUAGCACACAGUGUGGGGCCGCUGUUUUCUCUCUGCAGGGGUUUGUAGGUAAACUCAAGCAGACCAUCACUGCCCUGCUGGAGGGCAGUCACAACAGGGACUUUGACCUGCAGGGGGCGUUGCUGGGGCUGAGGGAGCAGGUGCUGGUGCAGGUGAAGGAGGCUCUGAUCACCCAGGAAGGACCAGCGCUGCCUCAGGACAGUGAAGAUUUGCUUAAGGGACAGAUCUCAGACCUGGCCAAGGACAACAACCCCAUCCACACUCUCAUAGGAGAAAGAGUGCAGGGCUACCUCCAGGCCAUGCUAGAGGGAGGCCCCACUAAAAAGAGUCCGUCCAUGCCCCCUGCCCUGAGGCUGCUGAGUGCUGAGGUGGCAGAACUGGGAAUGGCCUUUGGGCGAAUAGUCCAUUUCAACCGCUCAGUUUUCGGCCCCUUCUACGUCCCCAUCCUAAGGAAGAUGCUGUUUCCAUCGGGAGAGGCCGAGAUGGGAGAGGACUCCCGCUAGUCCCCCGAACACCUCCGGUCCCUUGCAUAAGCUGCCAUUCAACAUUUACACAAUGUAGAGCAGGAUUCCCAAACUGGCGACCCGCGGGCCAAAUCUGGCACGCCAAUAAUAUUAUUUGGCUCCUCAAAGACCCCCAAAUUAAAUUUUAAUAUUUUUUAAAUAAAAAAAUGUAUACAAAUCUCGGAUCCGAUAUGCAAAACCCCCCAAAUGCAAUGUCCCAAGAAGGAAGUUACCCUACCUAAAUAAUGGAAAAGUAAAGUUUUAACUUCAUUCAUGAGGAAAGAGAAUGCAGGAGACAGUCAACUAAUAAAGCUGGCAACAGACCAUUUUGUGGUGCUGAAACUUAAAGCUGCAACCACAGCACAAUCAAUAGGAGGUGAACAGCACCUGGUGCUGAAAAUAUAGCUAACCUGUUAUGCAAGUGUUGCACAGCGACAGAUGGAGAAAACCUACACCAGUCGAGUAAUUCAUUUCAACAAUAAUCUUCAUUUUAAUUUGACUUUACAAACAAGAAGAGGGCUUAAUUGUCUUCUGAGCCAAGGCCUACAUAAAAUAACAACUGGCUGUGGUAUUCCAUAAGGCUUAACAGCAUCUUUCACAAGAAAAUAUUAUAUGGCCGAAUAGAAGUGUGAUUUCUUUUUUUUUACAAGGUCUCCUUACAAUUGCAACUGGCCAAAAAUGGAGCAUGCUAGAUAAAACAAUAAUUUAAAGAAAAAAAGGUGGUCUAUCAGGACAGCCAGCUCCUAUAUCGACAGAACAAACAGAUAAUACUGUCAGCUUGAGACCUAAAUAUUUCUGGAUAAGCACACAAUAAUGUUAGUAUUUACUAAGUACAGUCAUAUAGGCCACUAAGUUACUCACUCAAUGGGAAAUGUUGCAUUUCCUCUCGAUCUUAUGGAUGUCACGUGAGAUGGAUGUGAUUUUGAUGCGCAGGCAGUCAACAAUUGACUUGUGUGAAAACCGGUUCCUGUCCUGAGUCUAUAUUGCAUUCAUAGAGGAAAAUGAGGACUCGCAGGAUUAAGUCGAUCCAAACAUUGUUAGCACAUGAAAUGCACGUUUCUUUAUUGGCUGUAUUCCAGAGCAUGCCACCCAAAACGCACACAAGGACAAGGAUCCCUGAUUUGGCUUGAUGUCUGUAAUUCAAUCAGCUCAGUUUGAAUUGCGGCCUAAUUUUUAAAAUUUUAACUUUAUUUAACUAGGCGAGUCAGUUAAGAACAAAUUCUUAUUUACAAUGACGGCCUACCCAGACCAAACCCGGACGACGCUGGGCCAAUUGUGCGCCACCCUAUGGGGCUUCCAAUCACGGCCAGAUGUGAUUCAGCCUGGAUUCGAACCAGGGACUGUAGUGACGCCUCUUGCACUGAGAUGCAGUGCCUUAGACUGCUGCUCCACCCAGGAGCCCAAUCCAGCAAGGGUAUCGUUUUCUUAGCAAUGGAGGAGUGUUCUCCACCUGGGCAGACUGAGAGGAGCACGUACAAACGCAAUGAUAUCCAUGGGCAUUCUGUAGUCUUCAAAUCUGGUGGAGGAGUUGUCAGCCAAAGAAGCAGUUUAUAUGUAGCUUGCAGUUAACGCUUAAAUGUUUCUGCGUAGGGCCUCUGUCUCAGGCGGGAAGACCACCUUGAAAGUUCCAUGCUUAGAUUCAUAAUAAUGUAUAAGAUAAAAUUAUUUGCAAACAGCAACAUUUUCAUUUCAAAUAAGACACACUGGCUUGGCAUUGGGAAAAUAUGGUAAGAUGAAUGCAAUCUCUUUGUACAUUUUCCCUGAUACUUAUUGAGAGCGACAUGUUGAUGUUAAAAAAUAUUAGUGUAGGCUACAGUAAACCUGUUUUUCCCCACCAAUCAACACACAGUGAAAUAGACAAAAAUAAUAACUGAAUAGAGACAUGGUGAUUUUAUGAGCGUAAUCAGAUCAAAAUUAUUGUUAUUGUCACAGAAUGUAUUAUGUACUGAUCGGCCAAUUAAUUGUGCUAGUAUUAUAUACUAAUUAUGUUCUGGCCCGCUGACUAUUAGCUCAGAGUCAAAUUGGGCCAUGGGCCAAACCUAGUUGACGAACCCUGAUGUAGAGUGUUUAUACUGUAUAUUUAGAUUUUAGAAUAUACACUGCUCAAAAAAGGGAACACUUAAACAACACAAUGUAACUCCAAGUCAAUCACACGUCUGUGAAAUCAAACUGUCCACUUAGGAAGCAACACUGAUUGACAAUAAAUUUCACAUGCUGUUGUGCAAAUGGAAUAGACAACAGGUGGAAAUGAUAGGCAAUUAGCAAGACACCCCCAAUAAAGGAGUGGUUCUGCAGGUGGUGACCACAGACCACUUCUCAGUUCCUAUGCUUCCUGGCUGAUGUUUUGGUCACUUUUGAAUGCUGGCGGUGCUUUCACUCUAGUGGUAGCAUGAGACGGAGUCUACAACCCACACAAGUGGCUCAGGUAGUGCAGCUCAUCCAGGAUGGCACAUCAAUGCGAGCUGUGGCAAGAAGGUUUGCUGUGUCUGUCAGCGUAGUGUCCAGAGCAUGGAGGCGCUACCAGGAGACAGGCCAGUACAUCAGGGGAUGUGGAGGAGGUCGUAGGAGGGCAACUACCCAGCAGCAGGACCGCUACCUCCGCCUUUGUGCAAGGAGGAGCACUGCCAGAGCACUGCAAAAUGACCUCCAGCAGGCCACAAAUGUGCAUGUGUCUGCUCAAACGGUCAGAAACAGACUCCAUGAGGGUGGUAUGCGGGCCCGACGUCCACAGGUGGAGGUUGGGCUUACAGCCCAACACCGUGCAGGACGUUUGGCAUUUGCCAGAGAAGACCAAGAUUGGCAAAUUCGCCACUGGCGCCCUGUGCUCUUCACAGAUGAAAGCAGGUUCACACUGAGCACAUGUGACAGAGUCUGGAGACGCCGUGGAGAACGUUCUGCUGCCUGCAACAUCCUCCAGCAUGACCGGUUUGGCGGUGGGUCAGUCAUGGUGUGGGGUGGUAUUUCUUUGGGGGGCCACACAGCCCUCUAUGUGCUCGCCAGAGGUAGCCUGAAUGCCAUUAGGUACCGAGAUGAAAUCCUCAGACCUCAUGUGAGACCAUAUGCUGGUGCGGUUGGCCCUGGGUUCCUCCUAAUGCAAGACAAUGCUAGACCUCAUGUGGCUGGAGUGUGUCAGCAGUUCCUGCAAGAGGAAGGCAUUGAUGCUAUGGACUGGCCUGCCCGUUCCCCAGACCUGAAUCCAAUUGAGCACAUCUGGGACAUCAUGUCUCGCUCCAUGCACCAACGUUGCACCACAGACUGUCCAGGAGUUGGCGGAUGCUUUAGUCCAGGUCUGGGAGGAGAUCCCUCAGGAGACCAUCCGCCACCUCAUCAGGAGCAUGCCCGGGCGUUGUAGGGAGGUCAUACAGGCACGUGGAGGCCACACCCACUACUGGGCCUCAUUUUGACUUGUUUUAAGGACAUUACAUCAAAGUUGGAUCAGCCCGUAGUGUGGUUUUCCACUUUAAUUUUGAGUGUGACUCCAAACCCAGACCUCCAUGGGUUGAUAAAUUUGAUUUCCAUUGAUCAUUUUUGUGUGAUUUUGUUGUCAGCACAUUCAACUAUGUAAAGAAAAAAGUAUUUAAUAAGAAUAUUUCAUUCAUUCAGAUCUAGGAUGUGUUAUUUUAGUGUUCCCUUUAUUUUUUUGAGCAGUGUAUAUACAUUAGUAACGUUUGUUAAACCAAAAACAGGCCAUCAGAUAAGUAGAAUAUAUAAAGAUCAUAUAAAGAAUAAUCAUACUGGAAUAUAUUUUCCUCAGGACACAUAUAAUAUUUGUUGUUGCAACCAUUGUGAUAAUCGUUUUACUAAUAUCUAGUGUUUGCAUGUAUGUCAGCUUGAAUUGAUUAUUUGUGCAUUAGCUAGAGAUUGUUGUGUACAGUAGGUUUAUUGAAUGGUAUGUACUGUAUAAUUUAAAGCACUUACCAAAGAUAUGUAUGCACUUUUUAACCCAUUUCAAAUACAUCUAUAUUUUAAUAUUUUGAAACUGUACAUUAAAUAAUGUGUGAAAUUUG